CUCAGGAUUUUUGUCUCAUUUAUCCUUCCUCUGACAAGAAGGAAACAUUAUUAUACCUAAGUUAACAAUUUGUUUCUUUCUCUACAUUCGAAAAGCUCAAAAGGGGCUCAAUAAUAUUCCUCCUUUCACUAUUUCUCUUUUCCAUUCCUCAUGCGUUCCUGUGUAGCUGUUCUCUUUGUGGCGUUUCUCUCUCUGGACCUGUGUACCUGCGUGAGCACCAUGCCGAUCUGUGCCUACGGACACGCUGGCUGCCAGCUCCUUUCUCUGGCUAACCUCUUCGACAGGGUCAUCCAACACUCGGCCAGGAUGCACGGGCUGUCCAGCGACCUGCACUCAGAGCUUGAGAAAUAUUUCCUGCCUGGCAAAAACCACAUUGGUAGCAUAUAUCGCAAGUGUCACACAUCGAGCAUCCUAACUCCUAAUGGCAAAGAAACUGCACAGAAACUGGCUCAUGAGGAAUUAACAGAGGUCAUUGUCAAGCUGUUGAUGGCCUGGACGUAUCCUCUGUCCCUGCUGCACGAGAACAUGUCCCAACAGCAGGUCUUUAACAGCUUCAUCAACAGUAAAGCUUUGGAGAUGAAUAACAUUGCUCUUGAGCUCAGGAAAGGAGUGGAGAAAGUCAUGGAGAAGAUGCAGCUGUUGGGGAUGAUCAGUAACUUAAUGAAUGGCUUCACCUCUCCUGAAGACUUAUUUCCAACCAGCGGUGAAGCCAUGAGUGAAUAUGAGCUCCUCUACUGCUUCCGCCGUGACUCUGACAAGGUCCAGAACUACUUGAAGAUCCUUAAAUGCAGGAUUGUCCCUGAUCAUGGCUGUUAAGCACCCACCUGUCAUCAGCCCGGUUAGACUGCACACUGUAUAGAUCUCUUUGUACACAUUAUUGAUCUUCCACUAUUUAUGUCCGUGUUUGCGUCCCACAAUCCAGGAAACCUGUUUGCAAACAUGUAUUUGUCAUUAAAGGUAAUGAUUGAUAAUAAGCUGAUGAAAAGAGAAUUUGACUGGAAUCUGAAGAGAUCUGAAUAAAUAGGGUCAAUUCUUCAGCAGAAAAGUUGUUUAAAGUGUAUUUUUUUUUAUUAGAACUCAGCUAUAAUAUGGAUUUAGUUCCAUUUUAUUGUAGAAUUGUUUAGUAGAUUGUUCAGUGCAUUUGGAAUAAAUGGCAUAGAAGAACCCGGAGAUGAGAAGAGAUAUGACACUUAACCUGUUUAGUAACAGCCUAAGGCACUGCCUAAACUAUUCGUCUGCUCUGUAUGAACCUUUAACAUUUGUAACAUGUAGCCUCGUGUACAUGGAACACACAAGGUUGGGUCACAAAAGGUGAACAUUCAUUCCACUACUUUGUUGCUGCAGGAAAAUGUAAUAUGAUGUACUAUAGAUUUUUAUUACUGCAAGUCUCCAGUCUCUAUGAAGUGGCCAGUAGGGGGUCCCUACGACUGGAGACCAUCUACUGAGACCAACUACUGUAGCAUUCAAAAUCAUCAAAAACAUUUUUCUUUGCUGUUGUAAAUGAACUAUUUACACAU